AUGAGAAGAUACCGCUCGUGCGCCUUCUUGCCGCCUAUGUGCACGCCUAGGCCAGAUAAACCUGUACCGCUCGUGCGCCUUCUUGCCGCCUAUGUGCACAUCAAGGUCGCACUGCAGGCAGAGGGACGUGCCGUCCACUGCACAAUAGAAGAAGGCUGUGAGGAGGGGGAGGGGGGAAGGGAGGUGGGGAGGAGGAAAGGAGGAUGGGGAGGAGGAGGAGGAAGAAUGGGCAGGCCGGGGUGGAAGGGCCGGGGUGGAAGGGCCGGGGUGGAAGGUGCAUGGGGUCUCCACAUGCAGCCUCCAUCCCCUUCAGCACUUCCCCUUUCCCAGCGCUUCCGAUCUCCCCACCCUCCUCGUACUCGCUAUCAGCAGUCCCGCUAUAUGCCCCACUCACCAGGGUCGUUCUCGCAGAUGUCACAGCGGAGGAUGGCGCACGCCUCUGCACGCUAUCAGCACGCUACCCACCACCGUUGUAAGCCCUCUCACUCACCAGGCGCAUUCUCGCAAAUGUCACAGCGGGGGAUGGCACGAGCCUCUGCUAGCUCCAGGCGCCUCUGCACGCCAGUCACCGGGCCCCUUUUACGCCCUCCCACUCACCCCUCCCACUCACCCCUCCCACUCACCCCUCCCACUCACCCCUCCCACUCACCCCUCCCACUCACCCCUCCCACUCACCCCUCCCACUCACCCCUCCCACUCACCCCUCCCACUCACCCCUCCCACUCACCCCUCCCACUCACCCCUCCCACUCACCCCUCCCACUCACCCCUCCCACUCACCCCUCCCACUCACCCCUCCCACUCACCCCUCCCACUCACCCCUCCCACUCACCCCUCCCACUCACCCCUCCCACUCACCCCUCCCACUCACCCCUCCCACUCACCCCUCCCACUCACCCCUCCCACUCACCCCUCCCACUCACCCCUCCCACUCACCCCUCCCACUCACCCCUCCCACUCACCCCUCCCACUCACCCCUCCCACUCACCCCUCCCACUCACCCCUCCCACUCACCCCUCCCACUCACCCCCUCCCACUCACCCCUCCCACUCACCCCUCCCACUCACCCCUCCCACUCACCCCUCCCACUCACCCCUCCCACUCACCCCUCCCACUCACCCUUCCCACUCACCCCUCCCACUCACCCCUCCCACUCACCCUUCCCACUCAAUCCACCCACUCACCAGGCGCGUUCUCGCAGAUGUCACAGCGGGGGAUGGCGCGCGCCUCUGCGAGCUCCAGGCGCACGUGGCGGCUGGCGAGCUUGUUGCACCCAUGCACCUGUUAA